GAGCGCUCGGGGAGCAUGUGCUGAAUUAAGACACUCUCGGGAAAAUCCUGUCUUUCCCCCCGAACGGUGCCCUUGUUUCCGAGCCUAGCAGGGCUUUCUGAUUGGCUGCCUCCUCCUCCCCACUGAGGGUCUCCCCCCGAGGCCAGAGCCAGAGGCUCGGAGGAUGGCCACAGAGGUGAGCACUCCGGGCGAACAGCGCGCCAUCGGGAACGAGGAGUACAGCCUGUACAGCAGCCUGAGCGAGGAUGAGCUGGUCCAGAUGGCCAUCGAGCAGAGCCUGGCUGACAAGACGCGGGGCCCAGCCACUGCCGAGGCCGCCGCGCCCACACGAGCCAACCGCCAACCUGCCCAUGUGUAUCCAAGGACCAGGUCUACGGUGCCUCCCGAGAACCCGCCGGCCUUGGGCCACUUGGGCCUGUUCCAAGGGGUCAUGCAGAAAUACAACCGCAACAAGACCUCCCAGCUGGCGCCCGUGGACCCUGUGCUAAAGGCCAUCAAAGAAGAUGAUGAAGAGGCCUUGAAGGCUCUGAUCAAGGUGGGGAAGAAUCUCUCCGAGCCCAACAAGGAGGGCUGGCUGCCCCUGCACGAGGCGGCCUACUAUGGCCAGCUGAGCUGCCUGAAGGCCCUGCAUCGAGCAUACCCAGCGACAAUCGACCAGCGCACCCUGCAGGAGGAGACGGCUCUUUACCUGGCAACCUGCAGGGGACACCUGGACUGCCUCCAGUUCCUGCUCCAGGCGGGGGCCGAGCCCGACAUCGCCAAUAAGUCCCGAGAAACACCACUCUACAAAGCCUGUGAGCGCAAGAAUGUGGAGGCGGUAAGGAUCCUGGUGCAAUACAAGGCAGACACCAACCAUCGCUGCAACCGUGGCUGGACGGCUCUGCAUGAGUCUGUUGCCCGCAAUGACCUGGAGGUCAUGGAGAUCCUGGUGGGUGGAGGCGCCAAGGUGGAAUCCAAGAACACCUACGGCAUCACCCCCUUCUUUGUGGCCGCCCAGAGUGGGCAGAUGGAGGCCCUGAGGUUCCUGGCCAAGCACGGCGCAGAGAUCAACACGCAGGCCAGCGACAGCGCGUCGGCCCUCUACGAGGCCUGCAAGAACGAGCACGAGUCGGUGGUGGAGUUCCUGCUGUCGCAGGGCGCCGACGCCAACAAGGCCAACAAGGACGGCCUGCUGCCGCUGCACAUUGCCUCCAAGAAGGGCAACUACAGGAUCGUGCAGAUGCUGCUGCCAGUGACCAGCCGCACGCGCGUGCGCAGGAGCGGCAUCAGCCCGCUGCACCUGGCCGCCGAGCGCAAUAACGACGAGGUGCUGGAGAUGCUGCUGGGCGCGCGCUUCGACGUGAACGCGCCGCUGGCGCCCGAGCGCGCGCGCCUCUACGAGGACCGUCGCAGCUCCGUGCUCUACUUCGCGGUGGUCAACAACAACGCAUACGCCACCGAACUGCUGCUGCUGGCCGGCGCCGACCCCAACCGCGACCUCAUCAGCCCCCUGCUCGUGGCCAUCCGCCACGGCUCCCUGCGCAUCAUGCAGCUGCUGUUGGACCACGGAGCCAACAUCGACGCCUACAUCGCCACGCACCCUACCUCCUUCCCCGCUACCAUCAUGUUCGCCAUGAAGUAUCUGUCGCUGCUCAAGUUCCUCAUGGACCUCGGCUGCAACGGCGAGCCCUGCUUCUCCUGCCUGUAUGGCAACGGCCCGCACCCGCCCGCCCCUCCACCCUCCAACAGGUUCAGGGAUGCGCUUGCGGGAGACAAGGCGCCCAGUGUGGUCCAGUUCUGCGAGGUCUUGUCCACCCCCGAGGUGAGCCGCUGGGCGGGGCCCAUCAUCGACAUCCUUCUGGAUUAUGUGGGCAACGUGCAGCUCUGCUCUCGGCUGAAGGAGCACAUCGACAGCUUCGAGGACUGGGCCGUGAUCAAGGAGAAGGCAGAGCCCCCAAGACCUCUGGCUCAUCUGUGCCGGCUGCAAGUUCGAAAGGCCAUUGGGAAAUACCGUAUAAAACUCCUGGACACGCUGCCCCUCCCAGGCAGGCUGAUUAGGUACCUGAAGUACGAGAACACCCAGUAACCGGGGCACACAGAGACGGAGUGUUCCUCAGACUGUUUCGCUGAAUCUCAGGACGGGGGUGUCCCCAAAUCCAAGGGGACCUGCUGAUGGACAAGGCUGUGGGCUGCUCCCACUGAGCUGGGGCCGCCACCAGGACCUCGCCAGGUCUCUUGGCCAGAGCUGUGCCCUGAGCAGAGAACGGACUGUGUCAAGUGGGAAGAAAACCAUGUUAUUUCCCAAUGGAUGAGUAGAUCCCGGAUCUGCUGUGCCAUUUGGAAUGGCAGGGACCUUCAUUCCUGGGGCGGGAGAGGCUGGCGGGCAGAACUCGCAGCAGGCUGUGGUCUGGCAUUUCCGGGGGUGAGCCUGCCUUUCCCGGACAGCCCUGCUGCGGAGCUGGCCCUGCCCCUGUUCUGUAAAACUCUCCACUUGACUUCAGAUGGGGGGCGGGGGGACCGUGGGUCCCAGAGGGCUUCUUUGGGUGCAAUAAAUGUUGCACAGGUGC